AUGGAGCGAAACAAAAAUCAUUCUUUCUCGUUCUUUUCCGCAGGCGACGAAGAACCGUUGCUCCUGUCGCCAUCCUCAUCGACUUCGUGUUGCUCGUCAUCGUCACCAUUAUCAUCGGAAGUGAGCGCUACUAAUCUCGUUCUGGCAUCGAGCAGCGAAAGUAUCAUGGCCUCCUCCCCGCCUGACCCUGCACCCAUGCGUCCCGCACUAGUGCCAUUAGAGAUAGUUCCUAACACGACCACCACUGGCACGUCGAUCAGCAACAUUGGCACGACCACCAACGGCAGUAGUAGUUGCGAACCUCCCAGUAAUCUCACCAGUAGUGACAUCCAUGCUAACAACAGUAAUAGUAAUAGUAAUAGCAAUAGUAGCAAUAACUUCGAUUCGAGAUUGUCACCUCAUCUGCAUCAGCAAGGAGUGUCACAACCACCGUCACCAUCUGACCAUUCUCGUUCAUCUUUCUCAGAUCAUUCUGCGGCGCCUGAACAGACUGCUCUACCAGCCCCCGCGGUGGAGGUGGCUAAGCCGGCUAAAGUAAAGGAACCCUUGUCCAAACCCAACCCCACAACCCCACAGAACACCACCAACGACACUACACUGAACAAUGGAUCGACGAUCGCUAGCCCCGCGGUGCCUACCACUCCCCUGAGCCCAACCACUCUCGGCACAGCCGAUCUAGACACGGAACUCGAGAGUCUCAAGUCGAAGGUAAAGGUCAUCCGAACGGGCAAAAUCAAACAACCGGAAUUCCUGGCAAACGACGACUUCAAGCUGCCAACCUUCAAGUUUCUACCCAAGUCGAUCAGUCUGUGCAACGACGACUCAGUAUUCAAAGAAAACUACACCAAAUUCUGUGAUCGAAACGCAAUUCAAAAACCUUUUCAUCUGCAAGCAGCCUCGGCAGCGUCGUCGGAAGUGACCUCCUCGGUUACAACCACCCAGCAAGUUUCGGACGGUCCCAACAAGCUGAUCGUAACCAAAACCACCAAGAGUAGCAAAACUUCAGCGGAUGGAACGAAAACCGUCACCAUUCGAAAGACGAUCGUCAAGCAGAAGAAGAUCAGCGAAGAGCCACAAGAGGAGAAACCGAUGCUGAAAUCGCCACAACCCUCGUUGGACCGAUCGGCUUCGAUCAAGCGAACCAAGUUCCGCGUCAAUCAGAUGAGCAGCCGGGACGUCCCGGUAGCGAUCAACAGCGUCGCGAAACGUUAUCUCGAACAGAAUCACCUAAUCGCCGCCACCGAAUCGACCUACCCAGUGCCCAAGUCGGACCAGCUGGUGAAGAAGUUCCACAAAGAUCACCACCAGCAACAGCAGCAGCAGCAGCUGAAUGUAGAAACAACCAACAAUCUGAAAAACACGCUGAAAAUUCGAAGCCUCUCGGUGGACUGGGAUGCUGUGGAAGCGGUUGAGAAUCGAUCGAUGAAAUCGAUCAACACCUUCCUGAAACGUACGACGGCCACCUCCAGUGCGAAUUCGGCCGUUAAACAGAUCCAACAGCAGCUCGAAGCCAGUAUUCACAAGUGA